UCGUGAGGACUCAUCUCUCGUGAAAAUUGCGGGACCUGUAGAUCGAACUCAAAUUGACACGCAAGAGUCACAGAGGAUUAUUAUCACUACCGCUUGCCACUGCAGAUACACCAACAAUGUCAAUUUCAAACUGCGCGACCGCCAAUGGCUCGAUUCGUGAAACAUUGGUCAAAUGAGCUUACGAAAGACACGCGGCACGCAUGCGUGACCGCAGUUUUUGCGUCACCCUGUAUAUAUUUCCCUCUCGUUGCAGGGAAAAUGCAUACGGGGAAAGAUGAAUGUGGGGAGCUUAAUCGCCUCGGCGGCCAUUAACAUGGGCUUGGCCAUUCUUUUCUUGACCUUGUUUUCCAUUUUCAAGAAGCAGCCUGUCAAUGCAGUUGUUUAUUUUCCCCGUCAAGUUUUGAAGAAUAAAACACCCACACAAACUGAAGAUGGGAGCUUCACUCUAGGCAGGCUAAUUCCCUCUGCCACUUGGAUUAGCUGUGCAUUUAAAACUACAGAGGAUGAAGUUAUAUCUUCUUCGGGCUUGGACUCUCUGGUGCUUCUGAGGCUCUUUGUGUUCAGUAUCAAAUUCUUCAUAUUUUGUACCAUCAUCGGCAUUUUCAUACUGGUACCUAUAAAUUAUACAGAUGAACCCAAUGUUACAGAUAAUAUGCAGCGACACUCACUGGAUUCAUUUACAAUUUCGAAUGUAAGAAGAGGCUCCAAUAGAUGUUGGAGAUGUGAAAUUGGCAGAUGGGUGGUACCGAAAGAGGAGUGGGAAAAAAUAAUAUGGCGAUUUUGCAACAAGGGAAUAGUGUAGAUAGAAUGACACUUCGUCAUGGAGUGCUCAAUGUACUAUGACAUCUAGGCCAACUAUGAAGACACUUUGUAAGUUGUUAAUUUAAGUACCUUAUUUGAGGAGGCAAAGCUGGACAAAAUUGCAAACAUCAUUAUCAAAAUCACUGCAAAAGAUUUGAUCUCGAGAGGAUAUUCAAAACUAUAUAGGGCCUUUAUGUUGGGGAUCAUGUGCUACUCUCGGGUCCCAUAGGCUGCUUUGGCCACAUUGACAUUGUUAAAAUCUUUCAUUCCAUUUCACUCCAUAAAAGUUUUUGAGUCUUUGUGGCUUAUUAACAUUAUGUAUUAGCAGAUUCAAGCACAGACAUAGCUA